AUGGGGCGAUCAAGAAACAUAUGGGGCCCAUAUGAGUCCUCUGAAAUGAACCCCUUGUACACGGCUAGCGGCACUACUCAGUAUGUGCAAAACACUGGACAUGGCGAUCUUUUCCAAGAUCAAAACGCGCAAUGGUGGGUGAUUAUGCUGGGAAUUCGCAUCAAGGAUGGACGAUCUAUCAUGGGACGGGAGACAUUCUUGACAGCGGUUAAUUGGCCUUGCGACGGGUGGCCGAUGAUUGAAUCGAUCACAAGCGACGGGAAUUUGGGGACAAAUUUCAAGGAGUGUCAAGACUCACUUGCUGUUAACCCCUGGGUUUAUUUGAGAGAUGCUAAACUGGAUCGGUACCAUAUUCAUGACAAGUGCAUCACACUACAAGCAGACCCAGUGGAGUUUACCAGCCCGGAUGAGUCAAUUACUUUUCUUGGCCAACGACAACGAAUACUGGAAGGCACUGCUACGGUCACUGUCUACAAACCACAGCAUUACACAUCAGUUCGAGUAGGAUUGGCUCUCUACAAAGACGAGCACCGAUUCUUGGCAAUUGGAUACGACUUCCACUCCAAACACGUCACUGAGACACAAGGUGUGGAAUUCCAAGAUUUCGUAUCAUUCAAAAUUGGCUACACCGAGACUUCUCUGCAAUUCUUCUUCUGGAUGGAUGAACCAGACUGGCAUAAUUUGGCUACAGUCGACACUGCUAUCAUGACGGAUUAUGAUUUCACUGGCCCGAUCAUUGGGACUUUUGCCAUUGGGGAUGAUGUUGCGGUGGAAUUUGGAGACUUUGAAGCUGAUGCUGUUUAG